AUUUAACUUUAUAAUGCCAUAGUAGUAAUGCUUUCAUUUUGUUCCAGUGCUCACACGUCGAAGCGUAUUGCUAAGAUGAUAAUAGUCAUUAUAUGGUUCAUGGCACUAUCUCUAGCGGCUCCAAUGGCGAUGUCCUGGGAAGUCAUAAUGGAAGACGAAUUAGAUUCAGACACAAAAUUAUUCUACAAGAAGCCAUUUUGCGCGCCCAGUGAGUUCGGCUCGCAUUCCCUGGCAAUCUACAGACUGAUUUUAUAUGUAUUUCAGUAUGUGAUACCGUUAUUCGUAAUUACGUUUGCGUACGCGCACAUGGCGAUGAAAUUAUGGGGAGCACGCGCUCCGGGCAACGCAUUAGAGACAAGAGACGCCAACCAUAUGAAGAACAAAAAAAAGGUAAUUAAAAUGCUGGUUUUGGUGGUGGCGCUAUUUGCACUAUGUUGGCUGCCUCUACAGAGUUAUAUGCUGCUGCAGUCAUUUUUUCCUUCUAUAAAUGAAUACAAAUACAUAAAUGUCAUUUUCUUCUGCUUCGACUGGCUUGCGAUGAGCAAUUCCUGCUACAACCCGUUCAUAUACGCCAUUUACAAUGAAAAAUUCAAGAAGGAAUUUAAACAACGAUUUACAUUCGGGCGGAAAACAAACAGAUUUGCCAAUGAUAGUUACGAGGACGGCCAAUCAUAUAGAACCCGAAUCCUUUCAUUUCGUUCAACAAAUGAAAGGAGCAUAUACUCAGCUAGAAAAUCAAUCAACCUCACACAAAUGGAUAAUCUUAGGAGCGAGAGAGAUUCUUGUAAUUGUUUACGAAAUCAAAGUAACUAUAACGAAAACGGCUUUCAAUAUUUAAAACCGGGUGAAUAUCAAACAAGCGACAAUAAAAGGUACACGAGUACAGAAGGGACGAGUAGAAGAAAAUCGAGCAGAAGCCUAUCCAAUGGGAAUGAAAAACCUAUAGAUGAUAGAGUUGGUGAAUUAUACAUUUUCCCAAAUAGCAACAUUGUCGACUUUACUGACAUAGCGUAUGAAGACAAAGUAUAAAUUGAACAUUACCAUAUAGUUAUUAUAUAUAAUGUUAAAAUGUUUAAAUUUAAGUAUUAUAAGCUUAAAGAUAAAUAUCACUUUGUCUAUUUAUUUUUUUACU